AUGCUCGUAAAAAGCUUGAAAGCUCAAGACCAUCUGGUUGAUCUACAAGAAACGUUCCAAGUCCUCAGGAAACACCAGAUGAAGCUCAACCCAAGUAAAUGUGCCUUCAGAGUCUCCUCUGGGAAAUUCCUCGGUUACAUGGUAAGUAGAAGAGGGAUAGAAGCUAACCCUGAGAAGGUCCAGGCGAUUCUCAACAUGCAGUCUCCAGCAUCGACCAAGGAACUUCAAAGAUUGAUAGGAAGGAUCGCAGCUCUGAACAGAGCUAAGGAGUAUCUCACUUCACCACCAUUAUUGUCGCGGGCGAUGCAAGGAGAACAGUUGUAUUUGUACUUGGCGGUUUCUCCGUCGGCAGUAAGCUCAACUUUGGUCCACGAAGAGGAUGGAAACCAGAAACCGCAUGCUAUAGAUAAGCAGGAAGAAGCCGAAUCUACUUGGACGUUAUAUGUGGAUGGGUCUGUCAACGCCCGUGCAAGUGGGGCAAGGCUAGUAAUUAUCUCCCCAAAUGGGGAAUGCAUCAAAUAUGCACUCAGGUUUGGUUUUAAAGUAACCAACAAUGAGGUAGAGUAUGAAGCCCUCCUAGCAGGCCUCAGGAUGGCGAAAGCUUUGGAAGUUGAACGACUAGUAGCAUAUACUGACUCUCAACUAAUAACUGGACAAGUCCAGGGGGAAUAUGAAGCCAAGGAUGAGAAAAUGAAGACCUAUUUACAUAAGAUAGAGGAUAUCAAGGGUUUUUUUAAGAAGUUUUCUAUUCACCGGACCCCCCGAGAAGAGAAUGCGCAGGCAGACGCCCUGGCUCGACUGGCAACCACAGAGGAAGAUAAAGCCAUACCCGUGGGAUAUUUGGAUGAGCCUAGCAUGGUCUGGGAUUGGCCACAGAAAAUACACCAGGUGGAGUGA